AAUAAAUAAACUAUAAAAAAAAAAAAAUACAAUUAAUUAAAAAAAAAAAAAAAUUCCAUGCAUUUUAAAUCCACAAGAUAAGAACUCUUCUUCCUAAUUCCCCUAUUUGACCAAUACAAACAAGAGCAAAAACUAGCACACGCUCUUACCCAACGCCUCCUUUUGUUGAAGUUUGACACAUUAAUUUUUUUUCUUUCCUUAAUUAUAAGGUUUACUAUAACUUCGUGCAACUUCUCAUUUUUCUAUUAAAUAUCUUUCUUCCCUUCACAAUCGUUAUACCUCGUCGCAAUCUUUAAUUUUCUUCCUAUGAUACCCUUUAUUUUUCGGAGCUUUUCUAAAUCUCAGUACCCUUAAAAUUAAAUAGCUAAGAUGUUACAAAGAGAUUUAAAGAUACGUGUAUGAACCCUCAUCGUGUUCUUGACAUGUUUUAUCUUUAUUACAUUUCUUGAGAGUUCAAAAGAGGGAGAUUCUUAUAACUUUAAUUUAUACCCAUAGAAUUAUAGAGCUGGAUGUUUGGUUUUCCUUAAUAAGAAAGAAGUAAAACAGAAUAUCACUUUAUUUUGUUUUUUUAUAUAAGAUGGUGUAUUUUCAAAAGUACUAUAUUGAUCAUCUUCAUAAUGUAAGGAAAGUUGAUGAAACAAUUACAAGUAAGAUUAUGAAGGAAGAAUUAAGGUCAUCCAAGAGAAAAAAGUCUAAGCUAUAUUCACUACUCUGCCUCUCUUUGCUCUCUUGCAGCCUCAUUUGGGUGUCUCAGAUUUUCGGGUUUCCGUUUUCGUUAUCUUGUACACAUCAAGGACGAGAUAAAUUGUCGUACGAAAUAUCGGGUUCGGAUCCUCCAAUUGCUUCUUCUGCAUCAAAUGGAACAAUUUAUUGUGAUCGAAGCCAUUUUCGUACAGAUGUAUGUUUCAUGAAAGGAGAUAUUAGAACAAACUCUUCAUCCUCUUCAAUCUUCCUAUACUCAUCUACAACCCCGAAAGCCCCUCUACUUGACAUCCCUACAAAUUAUGAUGAACACGAGUUACAACAUGAAACCAUCAAGCCAUAUACCCGAAAAUGGGAGACUAGUGUAAUGAACACAAUUGAUCAAUUGCACCUAAUCUCAAAACACAAACCCUUGGCUAACUCCGGUCACAAAUGCAACGUCACACACCACGUCCCUGCCAUUUUCUUCUCAACGGGAGGCUAUACAGGCAAUGUGUACCAUGAAUUCAACGACGGUAUAAUCCCUUUGUACAUCACAUCACAACAUUUCAACAAAGAAGUAGUCUUUGUUAUCCUAGAAUACCAUACUUGGUGGUACACAAAGUAUAGUCAAAUUAUAUCACAACUUUCAAACUAUCCUCCUAUCAUAUUCAAUUCCAAUUCCAAGACACAUUGCUUUCAAGAAGCCGUCGUUGGGCUAAAAAUCCACAAUGAGCUCACAAUCGACUCAUCAAUGAGCAAAGCAAACACCUUAGGCUUUCGAAACCUUCUAAGUCGAGCUUUUCAUGCCCCAAAAAGAGUUGUAAACCUCAAGAAGAAGCCGAGAAUGGUCUUAUUGUCUAGAAGUGGGUCUAGAGGCAUAACUAACGAGCAUGCAUUGAUAAAAUUGGCAAAAAAAAUCGGGUUCAGCGUACAUAUAUUGAAACCUAAUAGAAACACCGAAUUAGGUAUCAUUUACAAAGAAAUAAGUAGUAGUGAUGUUAUGAUUGGAGUUCAUGGAGCUGCCAUGACACAUUUUCUCUUCCUAGAGAAAAAUCGCGUCUUAGUUCAAGUUAUUCCUCUAGGAACGGAUUGGGCAUCCGAGAAUUAUUAUGGAGAACCCGCGAAAAAGAUGGGAUUAAAGUACAUAGGGUACAAAAUUCAUCCUAGAGAAAGUUCAUUGUACUACAAGUAUGAUAAAGAUGAUCCUGUUUUGAGUGACCCUAAUAGUGUGAAUAAAAAGGGGUGGGAGUUUACUAAGAAGGUUUAUUUGGAUGAUCAAAACGUGAGAUUGGAUCUUAAGAGGUUUGGAAAGUUGUUAGUUCGUGUUUAUGAUGAUUACUUCAUGAACUCAAGGAUUACAACAAAACGCGACACAUAAAGUGCCAGUUUGUCAUCCCUACUCAUUUUUUGUUAUGGUGAAGAAUUAGUCCCCUGAAUUUCUUUUUAUUGUUUUUUUUUUAUCUUUAUACUACAUUUAAGUUUUGUAUGUAUAUUAAGACUGUAGGAGUAACAUGUAAACUCAAUUUUUUUGUUCGA